GUAGGCGUUACUAGGAAUGAAAAUUGUGAGACAACGUGAGAGUGAAAUUCUGUUAAUCUGCGCACAUUCACUCUCACUCUCACUCUCAAUGGAGCUCCGAACUGCAGCCGUGUUGCUUCUCUUCCUGUGUGCCUCCAUCUUCAUCACCACUGAGGGACUCAUCCCAAACUGCUGCUUAAGCACUAGGGAUAAGAUUAGCCGGAUCAAAAUAAAAAAUGCUCAGAAAUAUGACCUUCAGUCAGAUGCUGGACCGUGUGAAGUUAAAGCGCUGAUCUUGCAUGUGGGAAAGAAGAGAUUCUGCCUUGAUCCUAAGCUAGAGAAAAUGGUGAAAAGGGGGAUGAGGAAAAUGAAUAUGCAUGGCCCAAAACAGAAAAGCCAGUGAUGAUUUUUCUAAACAAUGUUCCACCGCAGGAUGUCAGAGUUAUUUUUUGCUUGUUUGUUUUUGUUUUUGUUUGUUUGUUUUAAGGAUGUCUUGAAAGAUUAUGAUGGAUGUAUGUGAUGUUGUGUAUUCAAAGGCAUCAUUACAGCUAAUAAAAAAGGUUUUGGUUUCAAACCAAAGUUUUUUUUUUUAAUCAACAAUAAAAUAAUGCACCAGGGUUCAUAAUCUGCA